GGCGAGAGCACAGGAACAAGAGGACUGAAGCUGCAGGGAUGCAGCUGAUGCAGCUGUUGUGUCUGGGAGGUGUCCUGCUUGAGUGGGUAGGGGUGGGGAAUCUUGACAGUGCUGGCUCUCCCUUGGGUCACACUGAAAUGGAUUACGAGCAGUGCUUUGGAAAUAAAGGAUUCAACAUGUGAGACGGGAAGCGGUGGUGGGUUUUGCUGUGCAGCUCUCUUUUCUGGCAGGUUUUGUGUUACCUGUUCUGCUCACAGUCCCUUCUCAGCUGGAGAGAGCUGCUGGGGUGAGCAGCAAGUUGUGUCUCGCUUUUGACUUCUGGCGUGGGGUUGUCACUCUAAGGGACAAAUUGCUGUUACUUUGCUGACCAUGGUGAAAUUGCUCAUGUGUGUAGGGGGUAAAAAAUGCACAUGAAAGUGGCUGAGGAAUCAGGUCUAAAGUGGAAACUGAAUGUGGCUGUUCCUGUCUUUGCUCUUUAUAAUGAAGAGGAAAUAAUGUGGUGGAGUUUUGCUUUGGUUUGAAAUAUUUGUUGUCUGGAUGAGACAAGUUUUGCAGCUUCUUGUUGGUUGCGGGGGAGCUGAGUGCUUGUUCCCUGCUGCUACGCAACCCUUAAUCCAGUCACAAAGAAGGCAAGUCACGAUGAAUGCAUUUUCCUGGCUCUUCAAAGCAAAAAGCAGACAGGCCUGCUUGGGGGGGUGAAUAAAUCAUGAGGAGUGAUCAGAGAGACUGAUGUAACCAUGUUGUGUUUUAUCUGGAGGAUGUUGCAGCUGGGUACUUCAGAUAACACAGGGACCAUGUCCACCCGGCGCCUCCGCAGCGAAGACUACAAUGACUACAGCUCUACAGAUGUCACGCCGGAGGGGAGCCCGUCUGGUGGCAUCAAUGGCUUUGCCCACCCUGAGUCUUAUCAGCGCUUUGGAGAGACGAAUGGGACAACGUGGUACCAGACUCUGAUCCAUCUCCUGAAGGGGAAUAUUGGCACGGGGCUGCUGGGGCUGCCUCUGGCUGUGAAGAAUGCUGGCAUACUGCUGGGUCCUCUGAGCCUGCUGGUGAUGGGAGUCGUGGCUGUGCACUGCAUGGGCAUCCUGGUGAAAUGCGCACAUCACUUCUGCUACAGGUUCCAGAAGCAGUUUUUGGACUAUGGAGGUGCUGUGAUGUAUGGGCUGGAGUCAACUCCCAGCGCUUGGCUGCGGACACACGCUGUCUGGGGAAGGCGUGUAGUGGGACUCUUCCUGAUCAUCACUCAGUUGGGUUUCUGCUGUGUAUACUUCGUCUUUCUGGCUGACAAUCUGAAACAGGUCGUAUCUGCAGCGAAUGGCACCACCAAUGACUGCACAUCGAACAGGACGGUGGUCAUGACCCCCACCAUGGACUCCCGGCUAUACAUGCUUUCCAUCCUGCCUUUCGUGGUGCUGCUCACAUUCAUCCAGAAUCUCAAGAUCCUGUCUAUCUUCUCCAUGCUGGCCAACGUGGCCAUGCUUGUCAGCCUCAUCGUGAUCUAUCAGUACAUUGUCAGGGACAUUCCUGAUCCCCGUGACCUGCCUCUAGCAGCAGCGUGGAAGACUUACCCUCUGUUUUUUGGCACUGCGAUCUUUGCUUUUGAAGGCAUUGGGGUGGUGCUGCCUCUGGAAAACAAGAUGAAGAACCCCCGGCAGUUCCCAGUUAUCCUCUACGUGGGGAUGACCAUUGUCACCAUCUUGUACAUCAGCCUAAGUGUCCUCGGGUACCUGCGCUUUGGGGCGGACAUCCAGGCCAGCAUAACCCUCAACCUGCCCAACUGCUGGCUAUACCAAGCCGUCAAGCUGCUUUUCUCCUUCGGGAUUUUCUUCACGUACGCUGUGCAGUUCUACGUGCCUGCCGAGAUCAUCAUUCCUCCCCUUGUUGCCCGGGUGUCGGAGCGCUGGGGCUGGCUGGUCAACCUGCUGCUCAGGGUGGCCCUGGUCGGUGUGACCUGUGUUCUGGCCAUCCUCAUCCCGCGCCUGGACAUCGUAAUCUCACUUGUGGGCUCUGUCAGCAGCAGUGCCCUGGCUCUCAUCUUCCCCCCGCUGCUGGAGAUCGCCACCUAUUACGCAGAAGGCAUGCACCCCCUCGUCAUCGUCAAGGACAUCAUCAUAAGCGUCUUUGGCUUUGUGGGGUUUGUGGUGGGGACAUAUGAAGCGCUGGUGGAAUUGAUUGCGCCCGCCGCCACUGUUGUGAAUGCCACCAGUGUCAUGGUGCAAUGACAGUCCCCCUGCCCUGCCAGCCCCUCUGGGUGCCAUGUUGGGGGCACAUGGGCACUGGGCGCUGCUGGUCCCCUGGGGACAGUCUCUCCUCUCCUCGUGGGAAAUGUGGGUUUGGUCGGUGAGCGGAUGGGGUUGCCCUGCAUCAUGGUCACCCAUGGCUCUGACUGGGGAGGUGAGAUCCAGCCGGGGGUUAGGGCAGUGCCUUCCUUGGGGGCUUUUUGGGCAGGUGGUACAGCAAAACAGCCUCCCUGGGUACCGAUGUAAAUAGUCACUUUGAAAGGUGAGGAAUCCUGGGGAAUGUACAUUAUGAUUUUAUUUUAUUUUUUAAAAUCCCAACCUUUCUGUAAUUCCACCGUCCCUUCAGUCAGGACGGGGAACAGGGACUGCUCUUUUAUGUGCCAGUUUUGUUUUUACUCCCCCUCAGCACUUUAUUUUUACAGCAACAGAGAAACCUCAGCUCAGGUUGGAGAGCGUUGGAGCUGCCUCCUCACCUCAGCCCUGUGGGGAUGGCAGGCAGAGCCCAAGGUGCAGAGCAUCCCAAGGCACCCAGCUGUCCUGCGCUGGGAUCCCUGGGCAUGGGCUUUGGCUUCUGCAUUCUCCAGCUCUGUUUCCAGCUUCCCUGGGGGCUGAGCAGGGCUGGAGCUGGGCACUGGGCACAGCACUUCCUGUCCUGGGAGGCUUUGCUGAACCCUGGGCAACUCUUUCAGUAGUUACACUUCUUCCCCUGUGUAGCGCACGUACCAAACACGUGUGGCUUUGAGAAGCAUUAGGAGCCGAGGUGCAUGGAGAGCAAAUGGGUUCUGCCACAAUGAGGGUCCGAGCCUUUGGCUCAGAUGCUCCCCCUUCGUGGGAUGGGGUGAACCCAGGGGUCACCAUGUGCUGCCUGCAUGCCACAAAAAUGCAUUGCCUUGUUUACAGUGCCUGAGCUGGCCCUGGCACACUCCAGCUGCAUCUACAGGCCAUUGCUGAAUGUCAAAUCACCCCCAAAAACACCCUAUGAUAAUUUUUUUUAACCCUUUCUCUCCUGGUCCCAUUUUCUCCCUGGUGGCAUCCUCUGCCCCAGCUCUGUAUCCCCUGGUAGGAGGCAGGUCUCUGGUGCUUCUCCCUGUGCUUCUAUUGUUUCUUGCAUUGUAGCUGGUGUGUGCCUGGUGGGGAUGGUCUCUGCCAUGCCGCUGCUUUCCUUCCCAUUGGUGACUGCGGCUUCCUUCCUUGCCUUUCUGUUGAAUUAAUUCAUUUUUAACACAGGAGCACAAAUAUAUCUGAGAAUCACAGAACAGUUUGGGCUGGAAGGGGACCUUUAAACCCAUCCUGUCUAACCCCCCUGCAGUGAGCAGGGACAUCUUCAGCUCAGUCAGGUUGCUCUCAUCCAACCUGGCCUUGAAUGUUUGCAGGGACGGGGCAUCCACCACCUCUCUGGGCAACCUGGGCCAGUGUUUCACUACCCUCAGCAUAAAAACCUUUAUUCCUUGCAUCUAGUCUGAAUCUCCCCUCUUUGAGUUUAAAACCAUUCCUCCUUGUCCUGUCGCAGCAGGCCUUGCUAAAAAGUUUGUCCCCAUCUUUCUUGUGAGCAUCCUUGAAUACUGGAAGGCCAUUAUAAGGUCUCCCUGGAGCAUUCUGUUCUCUGGGCUGAACAACCCCAACUCUCAGCCUUUAUUCAUAGAUGUGCUUCAGCCCUCUGAUCAUUUUUGUGCCCCUCAUCUGAACCCACUCCAACAGGUCCAUGUCUUUCCUGGGCUAAGAGUUCCAGAUAUGGAUGCAGUACUCCAGAUGGGGUCUCACCAGAGUGGAGUAGAGGGGAAGAAUCACCUCCCUUGACCUGCUGGCCACUCUGCUUUUGAUGCAGCCCAGGAUACAGUUGGCUUUCUGGGCUGCAAGCGCGCAUUACUGGCUCCACCAGCGUUCCCAAGUCCUUCUCAGCAGGGUUGCUCUCAAUCCCUUCAUCCGCCAGCCUGUAUUGAUACCAGAGACUGCCCCCACCCAGGUGCAGGACCUUGCACUUGGCCUUGUUGAACCUCAUAAGGUUCAUAUGGGCCCACUUCUCAAGCUUGUCCAGGUCCUCGUGGGUGGCAUCACACCCCUCGGGUGUGUCAGCAACAUUACUCAGCUUGGUGUCAUCCUCCAUGAGAUGUCUUUUCUUAAGAGAUGUUAAAGCUGCCCCUCUGCGACCCCCCUGUGUGGGCCAGGCUCCUCCCUGCCAACACAGCGUCUCCCGUGUGCUAGCACCGUGGUAGCUUCCUUUGGAGAGCUUUUUCCCCACAUCCCGCUGCGGCCAUGCCUCCCUGGGGUGGGCAAAGGCACUGAUGGUGGUGGGAAAGCAGCAUGAAUGUAGUUCUGGUGGACUGCAUUCCCAGCUUCGAUGGAGGGCGAGUGAGGCUUGGGUUUAUUUUUGGUGUUUGACCAGCCUGUGGAAGAAGACGUCUGCAGAGCGCUGUCCCUGCAGCCUGCCUCCUCCAUGUGUGGAAUUUCAGUGUCUUGCACUGUGUCCCCUUUGCUGGCUCUACUGUGAGUGCCCUGUGCUGGUACAUGGACCCACAGCCAGGUGUGGGGUGGAUCUGUGCCGCGUCACUCCUUUUCUGCCCCUCAACUGCUUGCUGCAUCUCUUGGUGCUCACUUCAUUUCCUCCGAGUCUGUGCUGGUGAAGGUUUCGCGAUGCUCCUACAUUGUUUGGUUAAGGGCAGAGCAAAGCUUUAAGUCAAGUCCUCCAUCUGGGGAACACUGCGGUGAUAGAGAGCAAACACCCAGGUCUAGGAUGUGGCUUCAGGGUGUGCCAUGCAUGAGAAAAGUGCAAUAUUCAUAUCCAUUACCAUGUAGUGACCCUGAGGUGGCCCUUGGGGGUUGGGUGCAGAAAUGUCACCCUUGGCAGAGAAGGCUAUGCUAUGAGGAGCAGAUACUUGCCCCCAGUGCUGUUGGUACCCCACAAGAAGGCUGGCUGGUAGCUGUGUGACAGGGCCUGUCCUCAGCCUGGCACUGAGCAUCAGUGGAUUUGCUAGCAGGGCACAGAGCAUCCAAAUCGCUUUGCAGUGAGUGGUGAAGACCUCGUUUCUCAUGAUUCUGGGAUAUCACAACAGCAUUAAAAUGUUUUUUGCAGUUCUACACUUUUCUCUGGGUGGGCAGGAGUGGUUGGAGUUGGGGCCAGGCAUGUUGGUGGGGCACGUGGCAUGAGGGCCAGGAAGACCUGACACAGGACCCGAUGGACAUGAAAACUUGACACUUGUGUAUCGUAGGCUGCUCUGUAACCAAGGAAAUUGUCUGUGUAAAUAUAGUCAUGAUUAAUGUGUGUCUGGUGCCUAUGGAUCGUGUCAGUGUACAGCAUGUGUAGCUGCUCAGUGGAAGAGCUGGUGCUGCACCUGAAUCAUGUAUCUUACUUUAAUCAAUAAAUACGGUCUAUUUUUUAUGUGA